AAACCCGAGCCAAGGCCGCCGAGCUAAACCCUAAGGAGGUGAGUUGAAAAUGGCGGUUCCGUUGUUGAAGAAGUCGAUCGUGAAGAAGAGGGUCAAGCAGUUCAAGCGGCCCCAGAGCGACCGGAAGAUCUGCGUCAAGACCAACUGGAGGAGGCCUAAGGGUAUUGACUCUCGUGUACGAAGAAAGUUCAAGGGAGUUACUCUCAUGCCCAACAUUGGUUACGGUUCUGACAAGAAGACUCGCCAUUACCUACCCAAUCGUUUCAAGAAGUUUGUUGUCCACAAUGUCAAGGAGCUUGAAGUUCUGAUGAUGCACAAUAUGACCUAUUGUGCUGAAAUUGCACACAAUAUCUCCACAAGGAAGAGGAAGGAUAUUGUUGAGAGAGCUGCCCAGCUUGAUGUGGUUGUCACUAACAAGCUUGCUAGGUUGCGAAGCCAAGAGGAUGAAUGAGCUUGUUCUAGACAUGUGGUUCUUUUGUUUUUGACCUGAAAAAAUGAGUUGUAGACAUAUUUAAUACUCAUCUUGGAAUAUUUACUCUUGAUUGUUUCUAUGAUGUGUAAUCAAACACCCAUUUCCGGUCUUCAAUUCAAUCA